UCAUCAACACUCGCAUCCCCCUCAACCGCCGGAUGCAAACGUCGACGCGAGAUCGAUGUGCCACAUCACUAUCUACUCCGUGGCGCGCGGGCCGCGCAGCCGCCGCGGCACUGCGCCCGCAGCCGUCCACCAUGGCGGACGCGCCCGAGGUCAUCGAGCUGAACGUCGGCGGCGUACACUACGCGGCUUCUCGAGCCACACUACUCCGCGACCCGGAAUGCCUUGUCGCCCGCGCGCUUGUCGAUUCAAACCACCCGCGCGACACCCGCGGCCGCGUGUUCUUCGACCGCGAUGGGGUCCUCUUCCGCUACAUCUUGGACUAUCUUCGCGACGGCGGCCUGGCCCUGCCCGAGUGCUUCCGCGAGCACAAGCGACUCGCCCGCGAGGCGCACCACUUCGGCCUUCCUGGCCUAGAGAAUGCCGUGAAGGAGGUCGACCCGCGCCCGCCUAAUCGCGAAAAGGGAUGCAUCACCGUCGGGUAUAGAGGCAGCUUCGCUUUCGGCCGCGACGGGCUGGCCGACGUGAAGUUCCGAAAGCUGUCGCGUAUACUGGUCUGUGGGAAGGUGACUCUGUGCCGCGACGUGUUCGGGGAGACGCUGAACGAGUCGCGCGACCCGGACCACGGGCUCGGCGACCGCUACACGUCGCGCUUCUUCCUCAAGCACUCGUUCAUUGAGCAGGCGUUUGAUAAUCUGCAGGAGAUGGGGUUCAAGCUGGCGGCGAGCUGUGGGUCCGGCACGGCCGGCGGCGCGGCCGAGCUCAAGCCCGGCGUCGACUCGGAGGAGAACCGCUGGAACCACUACAACGAGUUUGUGUUCGUACGCGAGUAGAGAGAGAGGCGGUGAGGUGAAGUGAGGCUUUUGCAACCCGGAAUGAAUAUUAUUUGCGGCGGAGUCUGGAGAGUAGGAAACCGAAUCAGGAUAAAAUACACGUAGACAAAUUUCUAACUCUCAUCUGACUGGUUAUAUAGAACUUCUUGGAACUAACUGAACUCAGUUGCAUGAUUAUUUAGAUAGAUAAUAAAUAGGAGAUUAAUUAAUGGUAAUAUUUGUGUAACAAAUAGAUGAAAGUAAAUGUAUAAAAUGCAAGUAGGUUAAAAUGUUAUCUCUUUUAGUAUUUAAGUAUUGAGUGGUGGAGAUGUCGAGCAUUUUGUACCUAGGACAUGUCGUAAAUUGGAUUUCAAAAGAAUUAUGCGGGCCAACAAAUGCCAAAAAUUUCUAACCAUAUUGUCUGAUCCCCUCUUUAAAAGACACUCCUUGAGAUUAUGAUGAUUUUAAGUAAAUGCAGAUACCUAUCUGUCUACUGUGUUGUGAUCAAUAUAUUUAUCUAGCAUUUUUUCUACUAUUGUAAGAACAAACCUCUUUUGGAAGCUUACGCCAACCUCAUUUUGUACUGUUUAACAUUCAGAGCAUUUACCCUUAUAAUAGGAUGAUUGUUAUUUUUAAUUUAGCGUUCGGAGCGGGCUUCAGAUCGUUAACUUGUUAACUUCUAUUUGACAAGAACAGCGAGAAGCAAUUAGCCAAGCCGGCAUUAUCGACCACUGCGAGACCCACCAAGCUCUCCCAAUAAAAUACUGUCCCAAUUCUGAAAUGAGUUGGUCAUAACUUUCCCUCUUUACGUACAUACACUCUCUUUAGUCGACAGUUAUUGUGCGCUCAUUGGCUUGUUUAUUGGACAGAAUAGAGAUAAUCUCCGAAAUGUUGAGUCCUAACUCUCCUCCCAAAGGUUUUCCCUUUUCAAUGUAAAUUUAUUACUAUGGAUACAAAAGUCCCUUUUGGUUUACAUAGCGUUGAUUGCGGUCGCUGGCCGGCUCUAAUUAACAUCGUUGAGUAUUCAUUCCUUGUAACAAGAGUGAAAAUUUCAGGGGAGCGUUAGAUUUCUAGGAAUAUCUCUAGUCUUGGUUCGUGAUAGUCAAGUUUCAGUUGUUAAUGUGCGAUAAUUAAACAGGCAGACGAUUAUAUUGUAUAGAUUUUACCAUCGCUGUCAUAUCAUUAGAUUAAAAAUCUAUUAAGCAGUUUAAAACUUCCAUAGCUCUUCCUCUGUUAAGUUAUAAUAACCUUAAUGCCAAAGAAAGUUUCACAUUUUUAUUCAUGAAGUUUUUGUUCAUCGCGUGAGCUGAAAAAUUGAUCUUAUUAUACCAGGAAAUAUUUUAUCUCUAUUUUUGGAAUUAACAUUUGAUACUUAUUCGUAAUUUUAUCUACCUACUUAUAUUUGAGUACCUAAGAUUUUCAGAUAUAAUUAUAAAUAAUUUAAUGUUUAAACUGUUAUGGUUUAUUACCGAAUAAGUGUUUUAGUAUGCUAUUUCUAUACUUACUUUUAAAAACUUAUAUAUUAGUGAUUGAUCUUUAAGAUCUAGUGAAACUUGUAAAAUGAAGAAAAGUUAAAAGCGUAUGUAAUGUUAUUGAUUAAACUUGCGUUAGAAAA